GACAGCGGCUGGGUGGCGGGGCUCUCUCGGGGCGGCCAUGGAGUCGGUGCGGGCGCAGCGGCUGCAGCCCGGUGUGGGGACGCUCCGCUCCCUGCGCCCCGGCGUUACCGGCGCCUCCGCCCCCCCGGCUCCUCCGCCCGCCGCUCUGGCGGCUCCGCUGCCUCCCGCCGCCCCUCCGCCGCCGGCCGGGCUGGGGCUAGGGCUGCCGCCGCCGCCGCCUCCCUUGGGGCUGCAGGGCCCCGCCGCCGCCCCGCCGCCCGGCGCCGGGCCGCCCGCCGUCGGGCCGCCCGCCGUGCUGCGGGAGGCGGUGGAGGCGGUGGUGAGGAGCUUCGCCAAGCACACGCAGGGCUACGGCCGCGUGAAUGUUGUGGAGGCCCUCCAGGAGUUCUGGCAGAUGAAGCAGUCACGUGGAGCUGAUCUGAAAAAUGGAGCCCUUGUGGUGUACGAGAUGGUCCCUUCCAACAGCCCCCCUUACGUCUGCUAUGUCACCUUGCCGGGAGGGAGCUGCUUUGGCAGUUUCCAGUUCUGUCCAACCAAGGCUGAAGCCCGAAGGAGUGCUGCGAAGAUUGCGCUAAUGAACUCGGUCUUUAACGAGCAUCCCUCCCGGAGGAUCACAGAUGAGUUCAUAGAGAAGAGUGUUUCAGAGGCCCUGGCAUCUUUCAACGGCAAUCGGGAGGAAGCUGAUAAUCCCAACACCGGGAUCGGUGCUUUCCGCUUCAUGCUGGAAUCCAACAAGGGAAAAUCGAUGCUGGAGUUCCAGGAGCUGAUGACCGUCUUCCAGCUCUUGCACUGGAACGGCAGCCUGAAAGCCAUGCGGGAGCGGCAGUGCUCGCGGCAGGAGGUCCUGGCUCACUACUCCCACCGUGCACUGGACGACGACAUAAGGAACCAGAUGGCCAUGGACUGGGUGAACAGGGAACAGAACAGCCCAGGGGCCCUUUCCAGAGAGCUGGCUUCGACGGAGAGAGAGCUGGACGAAGCCCGCCUGGCUGGGAAGGAGCUGCGUUUCCACAAGGAGAAGAAAGACAUCCUGAUGCUGGCAGCCGGCCAGCUGGGGAGCAUGCACCCCUCCAAUUGCUAGACUCUGGCCAGCCGGUCCUUGUGCCAACACCUCCAUGCCCACAGGAUCCACCCCCGUCUCACCUAAAGCAUAUAAUGCCUCUUCCAGAAUUGUAGCCCGUUUGCACAUUUUAAAGAUUUUUUUUUUUAUUUUUUUUUUAAAAGGCAAAAAAAGCUCCUUGCUUCCAGGCCCCUCCUGUCUGCUAGAGAAUUCCUUCUGUCACUUUUUUUUUUUUUUUUUUUUUUUUAAAGACAGCACUAAAAAUGCAGCCUUUCAGUAUUACCGCUGAAGACCUCCCCUCUCCGUUGGUACUAUCGAGUUGGCAGCAUUCCAUGAAAUGUAGCAUUUCCUCCAGAAAGCUGCUGUUCUCUGGAGCUGCUGGCAUCCAGACCUGUUUUUUAUUAUUAUUAUUAUUUCUGCUACUAUAGUAGAGGAGGGGUUUCAAAACUCUUGAUAAGCACACUAAUUAAAAAAAAAACCAACAAAAUGAAACAACCAACACAUUCUCUUUAACACUACAAGGGAAGCUGCGUGGGGAGAUAUUCCUAAGUGUGGAAAAGGGAUUUAAAAAUGUGAUUUUGUUUUGGCCACAGGGUUCCAGUCCCAAGUCCGGGCAGGAUUUGCCCUCACCCCUACAGCCAUUGGGUGGCUGUGGCUGUCCCUGCGUUUCCCUCCUGGGGUAGGACUGGGUUUAUUCUCCAAGUAAAUAACACACCUAAUAACAAACUACGAGGCCGCGCGGUUCUUAAGGGAUUGGAUUUGGCAGUUUAAUUAAUCCGCACCAGACGGAGCGUCCUGCUCCGCUGCUUUUCAAUCCUCUCUGGGUCCUUGUGGUGCUCGGCACAGUCUGGCCGGGUGGAGAUGCUGAAAUCGCAUGAACUGGCCAGUUGAUUUUGCUGGAAAUGGAGUAUUGGUGGCGUUUUUUUGGCUUCUCCAGCCAAGCUGGGGAGAUGCAGAUUUAUAUUUUUUUUAAAUCAUGCAAGAAAUGGGAGAUGGACACACUGUUCUCUCCGGAGCAGCUUCUAAAUCAAAUGUCAGACUUGGCCUUUCCAAGGAAGGUUUAAAAAGCUGUGCCAGAGUUUUGGAACUCACUAGCAGUAAGAGGGGAAACUGCUCAGCUGCUUUCCCUGAAGCGCCUUGCAGAUACCAGGCUUUGUGAACUAAAACUGUGUUUAAACCUUUUUUUAAACAGAAAUUGUGUUUAAUCCUUUGCGCCAGAGCACAGAGCCAGCCCCAAGCAGCCAAAGCUCUGAUGAGGGUUUGGCCUCAGAUGAAGGGGUCUGACCCUUCACUGCACCUAAUUUACACUGCCCAGCUCCCUCCAUAGCCAAAAACCCACAGGUUUUGUGGACAAUUCUUAAGAUUUCUGGUAGGGCUGAGCAGUUCUCCAGGACAGCGGAUCGUGCUGAGCUGUUCCUGGGGAUGAAGGGAAUGGCACAAGGGCUGGACUGGACAAAACUCUUCAGAGCUUCUUCCCUGUAAAUGGGCAACACCACGUUCCCAAAACAAAGUCCUCUAGAUGCACUAUUUUUUUAAAUGAAUAAUUCCCUGUUCUUUGCAUAUGUAACACUGCUAAAUCCAUAUCAUGUUUAGAGUUUAAAAAAAAAAUGCGCCCUUGCUGACUUUAAAGUGUUCCUGGAGCUCAAGUUCAGUCGACGCAUUCAAGGUAACUCCUAUAUCCCAGGGGAGGCAGCAGCGGGAAUAUCCAUUGAAGGCAGACUUAAAUUUGCCUUUUUUCAGUGCAGCUUUGAGCUUUCUCGGGUGCUUUUCCCCUGGGGAGAGGUACAAACCCUUGGGGACGUAGCUUUUCCCAAGGACAGCCGCCCCUCGUCCUCUCCUUCAUCGGAGCGUGGCGGCGGGCGGAAAUUCCAGCAAUAUUCUUUGUUUUGAGAUAGAAAUUUAAAAAAAAAAAUCACAUUAUCUGUAGGUAUUCUAGUUUUGUAUCCUUGUCCUAACAAGCCUGUUUUGUGUUUUUUAUAUAUAUUUUUUAUAUGCAGCCUCUUUACACAGCAGUAUUAAUGUUUAACGUGUUUAUAAAUGUGAUUGUAAAUGUUGUGGAGUUUGUGCUUUUUUUACAGGCUGGCAAUAUUUGGGCCUUAUAUUUGGAAUUUAAUCAGUUGCUGUAGGAAUAGCAUGGAGCCCAGUGUCUCUGCUCCCCACACAGUGUCAUUCUGUGGGUGACACGGUGAUUUAUCCCAGGGUCCGACCUCGCAAAUGAGGGAACCCCCCAAAAACCCCCUUUUUUGGCACUUAUGUGCAUUUUGCACAUUGAGAUGUUACGUUUCUAGCAAAACUCUGGAAAUCCGCCCUGUGGGGUCAUCCACAUGCUGUUUGGGAUGCUGCUGCAAAAGAAAUCGGGGAGGAUUGUGGUGGUUCCGCUGGUCCAGGCGGAAGGGAAGAGGAAAAAACAAUAUUCCCUGACCUGCGGUUUUUGGGAAUUGGGGCAUCAGUUUUCAGUCUCCAGAUCCACUGGGAAAGCAAUAAAUGAACCUUCUCAGCAUCCAAAGUGGGGUGUUCUCCUUGUUCAGGCCGGGUAAUUAAAUGCAAAGCUGAAAGGAUAAAUCACCGUACGUCGCUGCUGUUUGUACGUAUGAUUUUAUACAAUAAAACUAGAUUUUUGGGGUCGC